CAAUGUCUGGUCCCGUCCAGCAACCCGCAGCGUCAGUCAACACAGGCGCCAUGGCCACUUCUUCUUCAUGGUCGCUGCGCGCGGCCCUCGAGCCACACAUUGACGUCCCCUUCAACGGGUGGCUCGUCCUCAUCCUCACCCUGACCUAUGCGUGCGCCCUCCGCGCGCCGGGCCUGCUCCUGCUCGCCGUCCUCGGCGUCAGCGCCGCCAUCGCCGUCUUCGACACCACGUCGACGGCCGGCGAGAUGGUCAAGACCAUGUGCGAGCUGCCGCUGGGCCUGGGCUCCGUCCUGUGCUUCCUCGUCGCCGGCCGGCCCCUCAAGGCGCGCCUGCUGCCCGCCUUCGAGACGUACGUCAACCUGGCCGUGUACGGCAACAUCGGCAUGAUGGUGGCCACGCCCGCGGGCGGCACCCUGCGCGGCGCGUGCAGCAGGGUCGCCUGCGCCGCGCUCUUCCUCUGGAUCGUCCAGCAGGGCCGCCGCGCGGCGUGGCGGACCAUGCGCCUGCACGACAGCAUGUUUGUCUUCACGGCCGUCGGCAGGGGCUGGAUCCUGGCGCACGCCGCGUACAGGUUCGUGCUCCUGACGCUGCCGUGCUUCGGCUCCGGCCGCCGGCACCGCCUGCUCGAGGUCUACUCCCUCGCCGGGACGUGGGCCCUGUCCCGGGCGUCGGGGCUCCCGUUUGAGCACUGCUUUGGCAUGGCCGACACGCUGGUCGUGCCGGCCGUCACGGCGUGGUCGUCGGUCGCGACGACGUUUGGCCUGGUGCCGCCGCCGCCGCCGCCGCGCGAUGCCCACCAACACAACUCGGCGCGGCGUGCCUCGGAUCACAUUGGCGCCACGGCGGACGCGUGCCUGGGCGCCGUGUCGCUGGCCGUCGCUGCCUUUGCAUGCUACAACAUGGUUGUCGCGCCGCGUCCAAGGCCUCAAGGGGCGCCACGGACUUAGCAUACACAUACAGACACGGGAUACGCCACAGCUCAAGAGCAAGGAAGGGGUGUAGGCCGGAAGCACAAAGAGAUGGCCGUCCACGAGUCUCCCAAGAUACUGAAGACGGGGAAAGGGGCAGUACAGCACACAGCUAGGUAUGGCGCGUACGUACACAUGACGGCGAGGGGGUGCGUUCCCGUCGACAAUAUACGGUGAGUUGUCUCCGGGAGACUCUAGAGCCGCGACUGCGACUGCGGCAGUAUCACUCUACUUCUUGUCUGCCUCGUCUCUCCAUCUUUGCAUACCAGCCCUGCAAACCACGAUUCAAUACAUGGUGCCGACGACUACGCGUCGAGUCGGAGGAUGCGAAACGGUCAUCGCUGCCCAGGCUUUGCUUGGGAUAUCUGCAGAGGUCCACUGCCUCGUCAUAAGGCGCUUGCCAGACAGCCAGCCAGCCACUUUUGUCUGCAUGCACGGAGCUGGAUACUGCUGCGCGGCCGUCAGCCUCGGGGCACGCACAAACAUGUUAUGCCCACAAACGGCAGGCUACUCCGUGGCUACCAAAGCCAUCUUGGGUGGAGUGAGAGGCUAAAUGACAACAAGGGCGGAUGCGUACAUACGUCCACGGCCCCUUCAAGAGCCACGUCAAGUGUCCUUUAUUGGUUCCUCUUGCCAACAUUGCGUAUCGGCCGUCAUCUGGGGAGGUCGAUCUUGGGACCCUCUUUCGCACUCACACCUUACCGACCAUCCGGGUCGUGGACCUUUUGUUUCCCGUCUUAUCCCCGCCCGCCGUACUUCCGUGACUCCUUACAGGUGCGUAUAGGUACCUGUAGAAUUACGUUGGUGAGUGCAUUAUACGUCGUAGGCAGUUGAGCCCCCCAUCACCUCGACUGUACCCAUCUCAUCAGGCGCCGCAAUCCCCGGGGGGGCCUGGACCCGGGCUCGGGCCGAUCGCAUUUAAAAGCCGGGAAAACAGCCCAGAGACGGGGGGGCAGCGCUUCCCGUGCAUGAUGGAUAGUAUUCGUACGUACCUACUAAGGUAGGUGGCUUUCCGCCGUCCCCUCCUCACCGGGCGCGGAGGCUGGCUGGCGUUCUGACGUUCUUGCGUAGUACGGACGGACGGAAAAUAGGCAGGGAUGGCGUUGCAACGAAUAGAUGGACAGUCCAAACGUGCCUCGUACAUAUAGCCUGGGACGCAUGGCUGGCUGGACCUGCAGCGGCGACCUGCAUGGCGUUUUUUUUU